AUGUACCCAUCAUUUGCUACCAGUAUUCUCGACGAAAUUUGCCGUUCCAUGGAUGGCGGGAACGAGAAUUUUUACAACAAUAGAGUCGUCAAAAAUACAUGUACCUCCCAUCUCCCAUCAUUCGCUUCCGGUAUUCUUGACGAAAUCUGCCUUUCCAUGGACAGCGAGAACGAGAAACAGAGGCAGAGCCAUAGUGUCAUGGACGAAGACAUGGCGAGCCUCCGCCGAGUAUGUCUCCCCCAGCACGAGACAACUAGUGUUUCAAAGAGGCCAAAGCCAGUGAAGACAACUAGUGUUUCAAAGAAGGAGAAACAGCCGAUCUUGGCUGGGUGCAAGCUCGCGAGCUUUUUAAAAUCUCUGUUCAGUAAUGGAAAUUCGAAGAAGGCGAAGAACUCAAGCUCAUCAUCAACUGGAGGUUACGGGGAUGCACAUGUGGAGAGAAAAGCAAAGUCCACUCAAGUGCCUUUGUACGUGGCAACAAAGAUGGCAUCAAUCAGAAGGUCCUCCUUCCUCGUUCCAUCAAUAGACAGUUAUGCUGGAGCUGCCUUGCGCUGGAUAGGCUAUGAACCACGUUGCACACCAUACUGGCCCCAUUCUCUUCUGUGGGGGUUGGCAUACUCAUUGCCUGAGUCCAUUGUUGAUGCUUGGAGUCUGCGGUUCUGCCUCGCAAUUCGAAAGAAGGGACAACUCAAAGACAACAGGAAGGUGGAAUAG